AUGGCUGGCGAUUCUAGGAAUGCCAUGAACCAGGAUAUGGAGAUUGGGGUCACUCCCAGGGACCCUAAGAAGGUUCCCAAGCAGGCCCGCGAUUAUAUCCCCAUUGCCACCGACCGCACGCGCCUGCUGGCAGAGGGCAAGAAGCCCCGGCAGCGCUACAUGGAGAAGAGUGGCAAGUGCAACGUCCACCACGGCAACGUCCAGGAGACCUACCGCUACCUGAGCGACCUCUUCACCACCCUGGUGGACCUCAAGUGGCGCUUCAACCUGCUCGUCUUCACCAUGGUCUACACCGUCACCUGGCUGUUCUUCGGGUUCAUCUGGUGGCUCAUUGCUUACAUCCGGGGUGACCUGGACCACAUCGGGGACCGGGAGUGGAUCCCCUGUGUCGAAAACCUCAGUGGCUUCGUGUCUGCCUUCCUGUUCUCCAUUGAGACCGAGACCACCAUCGGGUAUGGCUUCCGGGUGAUCACGGAGAAGUGUCCGGAGGGCAUCGUCCUCCUCCUGCUCCAGGCCAUCCUCGGCUCCAUCGUCAACGCCUUCAUGGUGGGGUGCAUGUUCGUCAAGAUCAGCCAGCCCAAGAAGAGAGCUGAGACCCUCAUGUUCUCCAGCAACGCCGUCAUCUCCCUGCGGGACGAGAAGCUCUGCCUCAUGUUCCGGGUGGGCGACCUCCGCAACUCGCACAUCGUGGAGGCCUCCAUCCGCGCCAAGCUCAUCAAGUCCCGGCAGACCAAGGAGGGGGAGUUCAUCCCGCUGAAUCAGACCGACAUCAACGUGGGCUUCGACACGGGGGACGACCGCCUCUUCCUGGUGUCCCCGCUCACCAUCUCUCACGAGAUCAACGAGAAGAGCCCUUUCUGGGAGAUGUCGCGGGCCCAGCUGAAUCAGGAGGAGUUUGAAAUCGUGGUCAUCCUGGAAGGGAUGGUGGAGGCAACAGGCAUGACUUGCCAAGCACGGAGCUCCUACAUGGAUACGGAGGUGCUCUGGGGCCACCGAUUCACUCCAGUCCUCACCUUGGAAAAGGGCUUCUAUGAGGUAGACUACAACACCUUCCACGACACCUAUGAAACAAACACGCCCAGCUGCUGUGCCAGGGAGCUGGCAGAAAUGAAGCGGGAAGGCCGGCUCCUGCAGUACCUCCCCAGUCCCCCACUGCCAGGAGGCUGUGCUGGAGCAGAGCUGGACGCAGAGGCUGAGCAGGAUGCAGAGGAAGAGCCUGAGGGUCCGAGUGGGCCCCGGGAGACCAGGGUCUCGGUGUGA